GCCGCUCCGCGCAGCGUUCGCACCCCGCGUAGCAGCGCAGCAUGGAGCGCCGGGUCGCCCGCGAGUUCCGGCACAAGGUUAAUCUGCUAAUUGACAAUGAAGCGGAGAAGGAUUACCUUUAUGAUGUGCUGCGGAUGUACCACCAAUCUAUGAACCUUCCAGUGCUUGUGGGUGACCUAAAACUCGUAAUUAAUGAACCAAGCAGGCUGCCACUGUUUGAUGCUAUCCGCCCACUUAUUCCAUUAAAACACCAGGUGGAAUACGAUCAGCUUACGCCCAAAAGAUCAAGAAAACUGAAGGAAGUGAGAUUGGAUCGUUUGCACCCUGAAGGACUGGGAAUAAGUGUGCGAGGAGGAGCGGAAUUUAGCUGUGGCCUCUUUAUUUCCCAGUUAGUUAAAGGAGGACAAGCAGACAAUGUUGGACUACAGGUUGGGGAUGAGAUAGUUCGUAUAAAUGGAUAUUCCAUCUCAUCAUGCACGCACGAGGAAGUCAUAAACCUCAUUCGCACAAAGAAAAUAGUGUCCAUAAAAGUGAGACAUGUUGGAAUGAUACCAGUCAAAAGUUCGGCAGAUGAACCCCUUAAAUGGCAAUAUGUGGAUCAGUUUGUGUCAGAUUCUGGGGAAGGAAAGGGCAGUGUGGCUGGUCUUGCUUCUUCUGGAGGAAGAGACAGUAAGGAGAAGAAAGUCUUCAUUAGCUUGAUCGGCACAAAAGGCAUGGGAUGCAGUAUUUCCAGUGGUCCAACACAAAAACCAGGCAUUUUUGUCAGUAAUGUGAAGCCGGGUUCUCUUUCAGCAGAAGUGGGCUUAGAGGUUGGUGAUCAGAUUGUUGAGGUGAAUGGGGUGGACUUUUCGAAUGUGGAUCAUAAAGAGGCUGUCAGAGUGCUCAAAAGUAGCCGUACUUUGACUAUCUCUGUAGUGGCAGGCGCUGGAAAGGAACUAUUCAUGACUGAAGAAGAGAGGCAGAGAGAAGCACAUCUUCGUGAGCAGGAACGCCAGGAGUUAAUGCAUCAGAAGCGACUGGCACUGGAGACUAACAAAAUCAUCAAAGAGCAGCAAGAGAAAGAGAGAUUAAGAAAAAUGGAAAUUUCCCAGAAGGCUGCAGAGGAAGAAGAGAGAUAUCGCAGAGAAAUUGAGCAGAUAACAGCAGAGGAAGAGAAAUUUAAAAGGGAGUGGGAAGAAGACUGGGGGCCUAAAGAGCCUCCCAAACCUCUGAAAACUGUAACUGCAGAAGUGCACUCUGCUCCUCGUUCUAAGCACAAAAUAGAUUUAGAGGGAGUUGCACAUGACCAACUUGAAACAGAUGACAUGGAUGAAGUGAUCAUGAAGCAGGACAAACAGGGCUUCCAGAAAUAUGUGGAAGACUUUGAUCCACAUUCAAUGUUUACUCCAGAGCAGAUUGUGGGAAAAGACGUACGCCUCUUACGCAUUAGAAAGGAAGGAUCAUUAGACCUUGCAGUUGAGGGAGGAAUUGAUUCUCCUGUUGGAAAGAUAGUUGUAUCUGCAAUCUAUGAGGGUGGUGCUGCAGACAAACAUGGAGGCAUAGUGAAAGGGGAUGAAAUACUGGCUGUAAAUGGCAAGAUAGUAAUUGACUGCAGGCUGGCAGAAGCACAAGCAACUCUGGCAAAUGCUUGGAAUAUGGGUGGUGAUUGGAUUGACUUAGUCAUUGCAGUGUCACCUCCAAAGGAAUAUGAUGAUGAAAUGACCUUUUUUUAAAGAAGACUACCCAAGAGAAAUUUGGUCUUUUCCCUGAACAAACCUGCUGCUCUGGAAUUCCAUAGAAAAUCGAAAGUCACAUGAAAUACGUUUUUAUUUUAAAGAAACAUGAACAAUUGGAAUCUGCAGAUUGAACUUCAUAUUCCUUGGGUUAUAUGAUUAAUUUCAAGUAAUUCUUCAGACAUACAGCAAAGUAAUUGUUUAAAUUGCACUGAGAAGGGCUGCCAGUGAACACAGCUUUAUCUGUGAGAACUCAAAAUACAUAUUUUUCUUUAUUUUUAGAAGACAAAUAUCAAAAAUUAUCUUGCAGUUUUCCUGGAAAUAGACACUAAAAUGACAGAUGAAGAUAGAUCACAGAUGUCUUUUCCCACAUGCAACGUUUGUGGUUACACAUCCACAGGGUAGUUUGGGUGCGAGAAGGACUAUAUUUUUACUCUCUAUAUAGUGAUUUUCCACAGGGGAUUGGGAUGUAUAUGGGUAAUUUCUGUUCUCACUGAUAUCCUUGUAAUGUACAUUUCUGUAGCUUGGUUUUGAGUUGUUUUGAUUGUGAAAAUCCUGCCUGUGGAAGAUCCUCUAUACUAGCUAUACCAGCUGUGCUAGUGUUAUUUGGAAUAAUUUUGGUGAUGCUUAUAUGAUAUAAAGAAUACUCUACCAGCAAAAUAAAUAUCAAGCAGGUAGUCCAGCAACAUCACUGUGUGCAGUCAGUUAUGCUAAUGUAUAUUUCUAUUGGUCCAUAACAGAGUUAGGAACAUUUGGGUCUGAAUCACAGUCUUGUUGUGUACUUUGUGCUCAGUAAAUCUACACACAACUAACUUGUGUAGUCAGAAAGCAUACAAUUUCAUUGUUGGUGAUGGUCUUCUGCUUAAGAAAUUGUCUUCAGACCUUAGAAUCUAUAUUUGCCUGACUAUAAGGAAGUCUGAUUACAGUUGUAGACUUAGUCAUUUCUUUAUAUUGUCAGUGUGUCCCCUUGGAAAUGCAGUUGCCUUUCUUCUUUCCUUGUAUUUGCCUGUUUGUAUAUGGUUGCUCAUAUUGUGUGUAGAUUUUUCUUACCUGGACUAGUAAGAUCCGAAGUUCAUAGUUCUUUGGCUUAUCAGUUUCACUCUGAAGUCUUGCUUCUUCAACAUUUGGAAGCCCUCCUUUCUGUAACACAGAAAAGUAACAAUUACAUUUCUGAGAACUCUGUGCUUAUAUAGAGAUAAAUAAUUUUGUUGACUUCAUUUUAUUUGCAGUAUUAUUCCAGUAUGCCAAUUAGUUUGUCAGGCAGGGUACACAUGUUAAACUUUUAAAAGUUUUAAUUCUGUAAUUCUCACAACUAAUCCAGAAAUAAAAUUGCAUAUGCCAAAUGGAAAA